AUGGUGCUGGAAUCUCAGAUUAAUCGAGGGAGAGACAAGAGGGAGAGACAAGAGGGAGAGACAAGAGGGAGAGACAAGAGGGAGAGACAAGAGGGAGAGACAAGAGGGAGAGACAAGAGGGAGAGACAAGAGGGAGAGACAAGAGGGAGAGACAAGAGGGAGAGACAAGAGGAAGAGACAAGAGGAAGAGACAAGAGGAAGAGACAAGAGGAAGAGACAAGAGGAAGAGACAAGAGGAAGAGACAAGAGGAAGAGACAAGAGGAAGAGACAAGAGGAAGAGACAAGAGGAAGAGACAAGAGGAAGAGACAAGAGGAAGAGACAAGAGGAAGAGACAAGAGGAAGAGACAAGAGGAAGAGACAAGAGGAAGAGACAAGAGGAAGAGACAAGAGGAAGAGACAAGAGGAAGAGACAAGAGGAAGAGACAAGAGGAAGAGACAAGAGGAAGAGACAAGAGGAAGAGACAAGAGGAAGAGACAAGAGGAAGAGACAAGAGGAAGAGACAAGAGGAAGAGACAAGAGGAAGAGACAAGAGGAAGAGACAAGAGGAAGAGACAAGAGGAAGAGACAAGAGGAAGAGACAAGAGGAAGAGACAAGAGGAAGAGACAAGAGGAAGAGACAAGAGGAAGAGACAAGAGGAAGAGACAAGAGGAAGAGACAAGAGGAAGAGACAAGAGGAAGAGACAAGAGGAAGAGACAAGAGGAAGAGACAAGAGGAAGAGACAAGAGGAAGAGACAAGAGGAAGAGACAAGAGGAAGAGACAAGAGGAAGAGACAAGAGGAAGAGACAAGAGGAAGAGACAAGAGGAAGAGACAAGAGGAAGAGACAAGAGGAAGAGACAAGAGGAAGAGACAAGAGGAAGAGACAAGAGGAAGAGACAAGAGGAAGAGACAAGAGGAAGAGACAAGAGGAAGAGACAAGAGGAAGAGACAAGAGGAAGAGACAAGAGGAAGAGACAAGAGGAAGAGACAAGAGGAAGAGACAAGAGGAAGAGACAAGAGGAAGAGACAAGAGGAAGAGACAAGAGGAAGAGACAAGAGGAAGAGACAAGAGGAAGAGACAAGAGGAAGAGACAAGAGGAAGAGACAAGAGGAAGAGACAAGAGGAAGAGACAAGAGGAAGAGACAAGAGGAAGAGACAAGAGGAAGAGACAAGAGGAAGAGACAAGAGGAAGAGACAAGAGGAAGAGACAAGAGGAAGAGACAAGAGGAAGAGACAAGAGGAAGAGACAAGAGGAAGAGACAAGAGGAAGAGACAAGAGGAAGAGACAAGAGGAAGAGAGAAAGGAAAAGAGAAAGGAAAAGAGAAAGGAAAAGAGAAAGGAAAAGAGAAAAGAAAAGAAAGAAAGAAAGGAAGGUAG